UAAGAUCCUGGGGGUGUGAGGGGGGGAAAGACCAUGCAUCGAGUAUAAGAGUCUUGAGUGUUUCCCCCCAGAAAUUGUUUCCGGCUUCUUCACCCACCUUUCGUUUAACAAACGCUUCACUCGUUUAUUGCAUUCGUUAAACUAUCCAUCAAAAUGCGAGGUCUCGUUAUUCUCAGUGCGGCCGUUGGCCUGGCUAAUGCUGCCGCUGUCGAGGUGCCCAAGAGGCAUUACCCUGUCCCCGGCCAGGAAGAGUAUCCUGCUGUCCCUGAUACCGAGUAUACUCCCCCGGCGCCCGGAAACGGAGGUGCCUACCCUCCUCCCGCCGUCGAGCAGCCUUCCAAGCCCAGCAACGAGUACCCUCCUCCCAAGGCUACUGAGCCUAGCAACGGUGGUGCCUAUCCUCCCCCUCCGGUGAACACCAAGCCUACUGGCGAGUACCCUCCUCCUGAGCACACCCAGCCUACUCCCCCUGAGGAGACUCAGCCUACUGGAGAGUAUCCUCCCCCCGAGGAGACCAAGCCUACCCCUCCUGAGGAGACCAAGCCCACUGGUGAAUACCCUCCUCCCGAGGAGACUAAGCCUACUCCUCCUGAAGAGACCAAGCCCACUGGAGAGUAUCCCCCUCCUGAGGAGACCAAGCCUACCGGCGAGUACCCUCCUCCUGAGCACACCAAGCCCACUGGCGAGUAUCCUCCUCCCGAGCACACCAAGCCUACUGGAGAGUACCCCCCUCCCGAGGAGACCAAGACCUCUGAGUACCCUCCUGAGGAGACCACCACCGAUGUCUACCCUCCUCCUGAGGAGACCACCGACGUCUACCCUCCCCCCGAGGAGACCACUGAUGUCUACCCUCCUCCUUCCGAGACCAAGCCUGAGGAGCACAGCUCAACCGAGACUCCUUACCAGCCUCCUACUGACACUCUCCCUGCUGAGGAGAGCUCAACCGAGACUGGUUACCUGCCUCCCACUUACACGAAGCCUUCCUACACUAAGCCAACCUACACCAAGCCUUCGUACACCAAGCCUGGCUACCCCGAGACCUCUAAGUGGACUACCUCAACCAUCUACACCACUCAGGUUCAGACCGUCACCAAGUGCCCUCCUGAGGUUACCAACUGCCCCGAGGGUCCUCAUGUCACCACCGUGACUAUUCCCAUCUCGACCACCAUCUGCCCUGUGACUGAGGAGCACCCCUCUUCUGUCUACCCUCCUCCUCAUGAGCAGACCAGCACUCCUUGGACCACCUCGACCAUCUACACUACCAAGGUUCACACUGUCACCAAGUGCCCUCCCGAGGUCACUGACUGCCCUGAGAAGCCUCACGUCACCACUGAGACCAUCCCCAUCUCUACCACAGUCUGCCCCGUGACCGAGACUCACGUCGCUCCUCCUCCUGCUCACGAGACAACCACCAAGCUGACAACCUCAACUGUCUACACCACCAAGGUCCACACUGUCACCAAGUGUCCUCCUGAGGUUCCCAACUGCCCUGAGAAGCCUCAUGUCACCACUGAGACCUACGCUGUCUCUACCACCGUCUGCCCUGUGACUGAGACCCACGUUGUCCCUGUUCCUCCCAAGGAGACUCAGCCCAUCGUUGUUCCUCCUCCUCACCCCGGUAACGGAACCUGGACUCCUCCCAAGCCUCAGCCUCCUAAGGAGACUUACCCCGUCCCUGGCAAGCCCGAGCACCCUCAGCCUCCUGCUCCUCAGCCCCCCAAGGAGACUCACCCUGCUCAGCCUCCUGCUCCUCAACCUCCCAAGGAGACCUACCCCGCUCCCCCUAAGGAGACUCAGCCUGGUGUCACUCCUCCCAAGGAGACCCAUCCCGCUCAACCUCCUGCUCCUCAACCCCCCAAGGAGACCCAGCCCGGUGUCACUCCUCCCAAGGAGACUCAGCCUGCCCAGCCUCCCGCUCCUCAGCCUCCUAAGGAGUCUCACCCUACCUACCCCGUCCCUGAGCAACCUCAGCCUCCUGCUCCCAGCAAGCCCGCCGAGACUGCUCCUGUUGUCCCUGCUCCCAGCACUCCUGCUGAGACAUACCCUGCUCCUCCUGCUACCACUCCCACCCAGGUCACUGCCGGUGCUGGACGUGUCGGAGGUAGCGUCGGAGCUGCUCUCUUUGCGGCUGGUUUUGUCGCCUUCUUCCUGUAAAUAAUUUGACUGCUCACAUGGAGCAACGAGUAUAUGACGGUUUGGAGAUAUACGCUGCAUAGUACAUGCACCUAUUACCUGCACCUAUUACAUUCUAUUAGAUAAUUUCUUAGAUUAAUAUAUUUACGGGCAUAAAGCCAAGUAAAA